CCAUAACCAGGCAGGUCUGCCGUUCACGAAAAUCACGCUUGUGUUGUGGGCUCGCGGCCCUCAUGUGAACGGACCUUUAUAGUGCAGGUCUUUAACAAGGCCUCUUUUUUCCUUUUAGCGUCAACGCUUUCCCGAGAAACAAACACCAAAAAAUAAUCCAUCAAAACCAAAAUCCUCCCUCCUUAACCACCAUUUUCCCACCUGAAUUGAAACCCAGAAUUAUGCACCAUUCACACACGACGAUGCCUCCACCGCCACUGAAGGCCGUGACACUGGUCCACGUGCGGUACCGGAGAGGAGAUCAGUUGGGUCACUUCCUAGCUUGGGUUUCCCUGGUCCCAGUUUUCAUCAGCCUCGGCGGCUUCGUCUCCCACUUCAUCUUCCGCCGCGAACUCCAAGGCAUGUUCUUCGCUCUCGGCCUCAUAAUCUCCCAAUUCGUCAACGAGUUCAUCAAGACCUCCGUACAGCAAGCUCGGCCCGAGACCUGUGCUCUCCUCGAGAUGUGCGACUCGCACGGCUGGCCUUCGAGUCACUCUCAGUACAUGUUCUUCUUCUCCGUUUACUUCUCGCUCAUGACCUAUAAAGGGUAUGGGCUGUUUCGCACGACGAGCAAGUGGGCAGUGCAUUUCUGGCUUUGGUCUAUGGCGUUUCUCACCAUGUAUUCGAGGGUGUAUUUGGGUUACCACACAGUUGCUCAGGUCUUUGCUGGGGCUAUUCUGGGAGCUUUUCUUGGGGCGGUGUGGUUUUGGUUUGUGAAUUCUGUGCUCAUUGUUUACUUUCCGGCUAUUGAGGAAAGCGCGUUUGGGAGGAUGUUCUAUGUCAAGGACACGUCUCAUAUACCCAAUGUGUUGAAGUUCGAGUACGAUAAUGCCAGGGCUGCUAGGAAAAACUUGGCUGCCAAGAACAAUUGAGUCGUGGAAUUCAUCUGGGUAAAUUGAAUGACAUGAUUCAAUAAAUGUUACUUUUGGUUUGAUCACUUCAUUUGGGGGCGAGGAAAGGCAGCUGUUUGAGGGAUCAAUACUGGAGUCUAGAUUGUUUUAUGUUUGUAAAGACCACAUAUUCUAAUACUUGCAUAAAUUCUACCAUGCUGAAGAAGUAUUGUAGAAAUAUAUAUUUUUGGAUACAUGUAGAAACUUCCAACAUUUAACAUGUGUAGCAAUCACUUGGAUCGUUCAAAAAUUGUUUCAACUCAUUGAAGGGAAGUAUUUGCUUGGGUAUUAUCUUUUUCAUUA